UACUUGUAUUAUUUACAUACCUGUAAUGAUAAGGAAAUCCUGUCAAAUGUAUAUUUUUAAUAUUGCGUUUAAAUAUAAUAAAUAACUAUUUCUUUUAACAUUUCUCAUGUUAUACGUACACAUAAAUCGUACGACAAAAUAUAGCAAUACUUACAUGACCAUGUACGUGUUUUAUCAAAUAAAUACCUGUUCAACUGGGUCAUAUAGAGGUGAUUAAUUAUUACAAAAUCAAGUAAUGAAUGAAAAUAAAAUAAUCAAAAAAGUAAUGAAAACGUAUUAUAAAGAAAUAUAUAUUGAUUGAAUCAUAUUACCAGUAAGCUAAAAAAUAAUUUAUCAAAAUGGCUACAAGGUGGAGUAGCGAGUAUAAAAUAAUAGAAAUCAGAGAUAUGCCGGCUAAUACAAUGGCAGUAGAUUACACGGGAUCUGUAGCACUGCUUGCCGGCCGUAAGCAAUAUGGGGUCAAAGAAAUAAAUAAGCCUACUAGUAUGUUGCAUAAAUUUCCUAGGUCGUGUAAAUAUGAUAUUAACGCUACUGAAUGGAAUCCAAACUAUCACAAUAAGCAUAUUUGUGCUUUGGCCUACAAUACUCAAGUGCAGCUAUUGAUUUGGAAAGAUGAUAACGAUUUGGUGUCCUCUACAAAACUAAACACACAUACACGAACGAUUCUGGACUUAAAUUGGCAUCCUUUUGAACCCAAUAUUAUAGCGUCGGCGUCUAUGGACUCGUUUGUUCACAUAUGGGAUGUACGAGCAAAUGCCAGGCCAUCAAUAUCGCUUUCCACAGUCAUUGGUGCUUCGAAGGUGCGAUGGAAUCAUUUGUCUAAGCAUUUGCUUGCUACUGUCCAUAACGGUGAUGUAAAAAUAUGGGACCAAAGAAAAUCUUCCAACCCCAUUCAAUAUAUUUCUGCUCAUUUAAAUACAAUCCACUGUUUAGAUUGGAGUUAUACUAAUGAAAAUCAAUUGGUCACUUGUAGUCAAGAUUGCACAGUUAAAUUUUUUGAAAUUAACAAUCUUAAAAAAACUGAAAACGUUUUAAGUACCGUUACUCCAGUUUGGAGAGCGAAAUAUACUCCUUUCGGGGACGGCAUACUUAUUGUUUUGGUCCCUCCAAUCAAACGAGUCGACAACAAUUUAUUGUUAUGGAAUUUAAGUGCAAUAAACACACCAGUACAUACGUUUGUCGGACAUUCAGACACAAUAUUAGAGUUUCAAUGGCUAAAAAACAAAGGCGAUAAGUCUGCCGAACAUGAAUUGAUUACUUGGUCUAAAGACCAAACAAUGAGAUUGUGGCAUGUUACACCGUUUCUCCAUGAUGUCCCAGUAGAAAAUAAUGAUAGAUCGAGUACUAAUGAUUUAGAUAUUUACCGAAAUAUGCAUUUUUCAGAGACAAGUAACAUUGCCAAUGACACGUUCAACGGGUUUGAUGUUGUGGAUCAUGAAGUCCGAGAAAGUACAUUUAGUAUGUCUUCGCACAAUGAAUCGUUUGACAGUGAUGACUUUGAUCAGAAAAAUGUUUCUAAUCUACAGCAAGAGUUUCUUUCAAUGAAUAUUUGUUCGGAAGUAUUUAUUGAACAAAAAGAUCCUGAUCGACGUGUGCUGAUUGCGACAGUAAAAUUAAAUAAUAAUUCGGUAUCUGUAUUCAUAUCGUUUCCAUUGGGUUACCCGAUUAAUGUCGAACCUCAUUUUCAGAUCACCAAAUGCACUUACGAUUCAAAUAUAAAAAACAAAAUUCUUAAAGUGCUUUAUGAUUCCGCUCAUAAACAAGUCUCGAAAAACAUGACCUGUAUACAAUAUUGUUUUCGUGAAUUAGUUAAUACUUUAAAAAAGUCUAGGAUAUCUUUUUCUGAAAACCAAUUCGUUGAUGAUGACAAAAAAACAUAUUCGAUAUACUCGCAGUCGCCAUCUCAUUUUGAUCGCACCAGUACUUACGCGUCGUACCAAGAAUCAUAUAACAUAUUGCAAAGUAAAACAAUGGGAUUAAAAUUUUGCAAUAAUGGUGCGUUAUUGUGGUUCAACAGUCCAAGUACGAAAUCGGAUUAUUUUCCUUCGAUAUCAUUGCAGAAAAUUGACACUGGCAAUAACUCCAUACAGUAUCAUUCUCCCCAACAGACAGUUCAAUCAUACUGGUUCAAUGGUAAAACAUCGUCUGUCGACAACAACAAUCGGUCUUUAAAAAGCAAUCGAAAAGACCGUAAAUUUGAUAGACCUAUAGUUGCAGUUUAUGAUGUAUCGUGUUUAUUUCCAAUCAGUAAAGAUUUAGCUUCAAAAUACGAGCUUAACACGAUGGAUGUUUUUAAUACUUGUUUAAAAAAUGCUUCAAUCACAAAUAGUUUUAAACGGAAAGAUUUGGUCCAAACGUGGACUUUGGCAGCAUAUGCGUGUAAUACAAAUUUAAACUUAAAGAAAAAGUCCACGUCACAAAGUGAUCAAGUAAGCCAUUGGAAAAAUCAUCCUUUUACUAUGAAUUUAAUUGAUUCUCUUAUUUCUCAUUACGCCGGACAUUCGGAUUACCAAACUGCAGCUUUGUUAUGUUGUGUGUUCGAUCCAAAUGCCGUGUUCAAAAAUGUUGAGCACGAGAGAUCGCCUACUCCAGUAUACACUAGGUCAAAUAGUUUAUCGGACGGUUUCAGUUUCUCGAGAGGACAAGAAGAGUCAGCUGAAUGUUAUGAAGUCGGUGAUCACGGACUAGUUUUCAAUGACAAUUGUUCAAACAAAGAAAUUUAUUAUGACGAAUACAAAAAGACAUACAUGGAUGUUUUGGACAAUUUGGGACUAUUAGACCAACAAGCCAGUGUGAAAAAAUUCCUAAAGCACCAAACUCAAAAAAGCAAUACAGUUUUGUUUAAAUUUUUUGUGGAGUGCAUAAAAUGUAAAAGUAGUGUAAUAGACGGAUACUGUUCUCGAUGUCAACGAUUCAAUUUGAAAUGUUCCAUAUGCAACUCUACAGUAAGAGGUGCAGCUCAUGUUUGUCUAGUUUGCGGACACGGUGGUCACGCUAAUCAUUUAGUUGAAUGGUUUAAUACAGAAACUACCUGUGCUGCCAACUGUGGUUGUUGCUGUAUAUAUGAAACCAUGUCCGUACUUCAUAUUAAACGACAUGAUCUAAAAGAAGACUGACUUUAUUUUACUAUAUGUUUGUAUCAGUUUUAGCUGAUUUUUAAAGUUCCUCGUUAAUUUAUUUUUAAAACUAAAAGUGAACUAUUUUAAGUUUUUAAAUUAUUUAUUAUACUUUUUUUUUAUUAUAAAAAUGAGCGUCAAAGUGAAGAUUUUCAUCUAGUAUAGUUGCGAUCAAACGUUCAUAUAUUUUGCAAAUAAAUAUAGAAUAGAUUGUUAAACAAAUUCCCCUAUUUUUUUUAUCUAGCUCUUAACUUUAAUACUAAGUUUAAAUAACUAUUUUUCAUAUUACAUUGUUGUAUUUGUCCUUUUUUUUUCCCACUGGGUUAAUGGAUUAAAGGAAAAUAUUAAACAGCAGCAAACGGUCACUAUUUUAGUUUUUGUUUAUUUGAUUAACAGUAAGACAGAGUAUGGUAUGAUAAUACGAGCCAAUUACAA